AAGAGACAAACAAUAACGCUAAGGGCUUUUUGCAAAAACUCCAGGAGCCCUAAAAGCUAUUUUUUCUCUCAUCUUCCUCGCGUAACAACAACAAUACGCUUAAACUCUUCAUCUAUUUUUCAGAUAAAGAGUUUCACGGUUAUGUUUGGUGUUCCCAAAGGUUUUCUGUUCAGAAUCGAGUUGCUACUCAGUUUUGUUUUGGUUCUAGUUUAGAGGUUUCGACUCAGUGCAGAGUUUGGAUUCGAGCAGAGCUUUUUCACAGUAUAGAUUUUGCAUUCGAGCCAAGUUUUUGGUACAAUUUUUGGUUUGAAUUAAAAUUAAAGUGAGUAUACAACAUAAUAAAGCUAAAUUGGAUGAGAGCCUACCGGUUGAAAUGAAGAAAAAUGCAGAGUUUGUCCUCGCUCGCAAGGUGUUCGAUGAAAUGUCCCAACCGAAUUCCUUUUGUGGCGAAGUUAGCAGUGAGAGAGGAAUUUGAUUUAGUUGAUGUUAACGGCUCAACGAAAUCGAGGAAUGUUGAUUGUAUGAGUACUGUGGAUGAUGAUAAAGGACUUGGUCCUACUGUUCGUUCUCAGAUUGAAAUUUCCGACAUUGUUAAUGCUUCAAUCGGAGCCCGUGAGAAGAAGAUUCCUGCGAAGGAAGAUAGCUCGGAGAAGGAGAAGUCUCUCGAUCUCUUUCUAAAGAUCGGCUUAGACGAACGCACAGAUCGAAACACCAUCGCCAACAACAAAGUCACUACCAAUCUCACUGCUGUUAUCCAUGAGGUCGGUGUUACCGACGGAUGCAGGCGAUCAGUUGGGAACCUUAUUUAUACGGUUGCUACCAAGUACCCUGGAAAUGCCUUGCCGCAUCGCCCAACGUUGCUGCAAUAUGUAGUUUCGUCCAAGGUGAAAACAACGAUACAAUUAGAUGCGGCACUAUCUUUUCUUGCUACUACUGGAAAUGAGAACCUUGAUUUGAAUAAAUUUGAAGAAGCAUGUGGUGUUGGUGUUGAAGAUUCAACAGAAGAUAUCAAGCAUGCUUUUAAUGGAGUUUUUGAGGAGAAUAAGGCUUCAAUUCUAGAACUUCGUUAUCGAACAAAUGAUUUACCUGCGAAAUUUACUGCAGAACUUCCUGUCGAAAAUAUUACCCACGAAGGUUUUAGCUGGGGACACUAAACCGCAGGUAAAUCCGCAGGAAACAUGUUUCCUGCGGAAAUUUAGCAAAAAUCCGCAGGUAAAUUCGCAGAAAAACAGAGUUUUAAUAUGUGAUUAAUACUUUUUAUUUUAUUUAUAAAUUGAAUAGCUCUUUGCAAAAUUACAUUGACUAAUUAAUUAAGUCAAAGAGGAUCACCAUAGAUAAGAAAUCUCUCGUUUAAAUUUUCUUAACAUUAUUGUGUAUUAAGAGUUGUGUUCAAACUCGGAACACAACUUAAAGCUUUUUUUACCAUGUAAGCAACAUUGAUAUAGUUUGUCGAUUGAUGAUGCAAUGAAAUAACAUUAUUCUUUCCAAAACACGCACUAAGCAAUCAUUACAUCGGAAAAGUACUAGAGAAUUAUAGGUGAAUUUUUUUUUACAGACGUUAAAAUCAUCUAUAAAUGACGUGGGGUACAUGAGUUUGAUAUAUCAUUUAUAAUGAUGGAGAAACAAACAAACCAUUUCACAACGUGAACAAAUUAAGACAGGAUAUGGGCCACUAUUUUGGUGAUGAAUUAGUUAGUUAGGAUCAAUAUUCCGCAUGUGCAGUUGUCAUCAUCUACAACAUCUCCAAGUUGCAAAAGCCUUUGGAUUUUUCCUCUCUUCUUGCGCGGCAGAAUUUUUUAUGCUAGGUAUAAAUUAAUUAUAGUAAAAUAAUUAAUUUUUAAAUUUAGUUAGUGAUAUGGAUUUCAUCUUGAUCGAAGCCUAUGAUACGUUGUGUGAUCGAGGAUAUUAAUCAUUUUAUGAAGAGUACAAUAUACUACGAUGACUAUUAAAUAACAUUUAAUUGCAUUUACAUCCUUGCCUUAUGUCAGGAUGAGAGAAUCAAUAUAAAAAAGAGCACAUUAAGCGGACUAAAUUCAUAUAAAGAAGUCUUUUUAACCAAUUUUAUUGGCGGUCCAGUAGAUCAGAUACCUGUGUUGAAAUAAAACAGAUACAACAUAUUUUAAAACAAAAAGACAAACUGAAUUUUUACAAAGAAGUCACUUACUAUGAUUUUUUUGUAUUUAACAAGUGUUUUUAACGUGAUCAUUUGGCGUCCACAUAGUGAAACUCUUGUAAAAAAAUUCUAAGCCACACAAAAUUUUAAACUAAAGAGCUUGUCACCUAUAAUGACAAGGGAGAGCAACAACAACAAAGAAUAACAGACUGUCAUGGAAGAACUAGUCGUCAUCUGGAAACCUUUGCCUCCGAAAUGAGUUGUUGCAAGGCAGUGUGCACGCUCUAUAACAGAAUCAAAGUCAUCCUCAACUAGAGAUCAAUGACUUGGAAGACCCGAUCUAUCUGCAACCACUGAUGGGGAAAAUUUUAGAUGAUUAAGUCCUAGAUAAUUUAAACAUGCCCCCAUUCGUUACCUAGGCUAGCUACAUUCCAUUUGAGACUUCCACAACCUAAGAUCUCAUGGUCGGGUAGCAACAUAGGUCACAAACCCUCGUCUUUUGAAGAAAAGCCAAGGGCGUGGGAGGAAAAUGUUUUUGGCUUGCCUCAAAGCCCAAGAAGCCGACAUUCAAGAGUGAAGUAAGAAACUACCACAUAAAGAAUAUAUGAACCAUUUUUCCUUCGUGCCAUAGAGUACCCCUCCCGAGGUUACCAUGCCAAUCUCCCAUAGUUAAUCCAACGAUUGGCCGCAUCCCACGGACAUGUAGUUACCAACUAUUCACUCUAUUUAAAGAGAAAAAAUAUGUCACUCUUCACGUAUUCAAACCUUUCCCAUUCAAAUUUUACUUUCUUGUUCUCUCGUUGACUUGAGCAUUAGAGUGCUAAUCUUGCAGACCAACCCUCCAUUUCAUAUCAUCGAAAGCCUUAAACCACUGUAACCCAUAGUGAAUUCAACCUCGUUGAUCAUCACAUUAUUCUAUAGCAGAACACUAAGUAUUAAUUAUAGUCAACGAAAUGAGUUGACUAUACAUAAUUUAAGUUUGUCACAUUUAUUUUAGAGUUUAAUUUUAAAUUCAGGUUCAAUUCAUUUCUUUCAGGAACCAAAUUCAAGAAAUGAAUUGUUGA